AUGUGUGAAUCAUCGAAGGAACCAGUCAAUGAAGCUGUGAUUUCUCCAACUGAGAUAGAGAAAGAAAUAAACAUUUUCAGGAAACCAAACGAUUCAACCCCUGAACAGAUGGAUGCUCUUAUUGCAGAACUUCAGCGAAAUGUUAGAAAGCCUCCCCAAGAAGUUCCUGUUAGAACCGAACCUCCAUCUGAGAGUGAUCAAGAAGAUUCAGCUCACGUCCUUCUCCCGAGGAAAAGAAAAAGAAGAGAUCGAAGACCUGGAGUGCUUAUCACAGACCCUGUUCUGAAUGUAUCUACUCCGGUUGAUCCUUGUUAUGUGGCCCAAAACAUUGAAAGCACCUUCACUGAACCUAGUUCAAGCCCGUUACCUGAAUCCACUCCUAUGGAUCAAGAUUUUAGAAGCCCGAUUAUUGAACAAGAAGUCUUGCCUACAGAAGGGGUUCAAGCUUCUGGAAGCUCCUUUGAAGCCCCCGAGCCGGAUACUUCAAAAGGCAAAAGCAAGCUGUCUGAAUCUGAGUUUGUGGAUUUCGCUCUGCUUAAAAACAAAGUUUUUGAUUUGGAACAGAGCUCAGUAGAAAAGGAUUUGAUUAUUGGAAAUCAGGACAUUAGAAUCAGUGAUCUUGAAAAGGAGAGCUCCAUUAAAGAUGCAAAGAUUUCAGAACUUCAAGCAAAUCUUGGUGGUCUAACUGCUUUAUUUUUUGACCUGAAACAACGCUUAUAUCAAAAAUUUGGUGAUGAUUUUCAACCUUUAACCGUUAAAGGAGAAAAGAUCUAUGCUUCUAGUUCUGGUCCAACCAAUCCAAUUUCUCAAUCUACAAGUGAAAGAAUUGUAAGACCUGCUCCGGAUGCAAAUCUUGACACAUUUUUAUCUUCUGGUCCUGCUUCUGCUCAAGAAAGAAGAGAGAAGCAAAUCAGGAUUGAUCAGCCGAAGCAUUCAGACCAAAAUGCUCCAGCGUAA